GCUCCAAUCAAUAGUGACAUCUCUAGCUUGCGGUCCGCGUUUUUACUUAAUUUUCCCAUUUUGCGCAAAUUAAACCAUCAAAAUGUCGAAGGCCCAUCCCCCAGAGGUGAAAAAAUACAUGGACAAGCGCAUGAUGCUGAAACUGAACGGCGGACGCGCGGUGACCGGUAUUUUGCGAGGCUUCGAUCCCUUCAUGAACGUGGUCCUGGACGACACGGUGGAGGAGUGCAAGGACAACACGAAGAACAACAUCGGCAUGGUGGUUAUCCGCGGCAACAGCAUCGUCAUGGUGGAGGCCCUGGACAGGGUCUAGCACCCGCCUCGGAACCCGAUCUCGUCGAGCAUCGUUAGCCGUAGUGCUUAGUCUUAAGGCUCCGUAACAUUCAUAGUCAGAAGAAACACACAAACUCUUGAAUAAAUUCUAUAACAAAGAUACCCCUUUUUGAACUGACAAUUUAUAUGAGCAGUUUGGAAAAUAAGUCG